GACCGAUUGGACAAACGCCAGUUCAGCCGUCCGCUACCGAAUAGGUUCAAUAAUCAGUGACUGGAAGUUGCGUUUGGUGGGGUUGCUCAAGGGCAGCGACUUUCUUAAUUGCCAUCGUUGUUGGAGUUAUUCCAACCAAACCUCGGUUGACAGCUCAUUGCGGAGGUAUCUGUUCUCUGGCAGAACUGACUUCUUCGCUAUCCUCUUUUCUUCACUAGAACGGGCUUCAUAGACCGCGUUUAUUUCUCACGUAUCGAAAAUGGCCGCUUCAUUUUCUUACGCUCAAGCAGCAAAGGGCAUUGCUCCCGCGCAGUCCCCCGCAAAGACAUCACCGGAAGAACAGACCCAAGCGGGUUCGAAGCCGGAGGAGCAGAGUAUGGACUCUAGCUCGCAGACGAAUGCAGAUGCCGUGCCUUCCAAGGCCGAAACAGCCCAGGAAACCGAGGUGACCCACACUAUCGAGAAGGAAGUCGAAUCUACAGCUACCAAGGCCAACGCUUCUGAAGCAUCAAGUGAUGGCAACUCUUCCACGUCAUCUGUCCCCAAGGAUGAAGACGGAACAGAUACCCCCAACGGUACUUCGGAAUCUACCUGGGACAACAAGUCCCAAGCCUCGGGUACCGAGAAGACGAAUACUGGGGCAGACAGCACGAAGGACAAGAACGCUGAGAAGGAAAAGGCUGUUCCUGCUAAGGAGCUGAAGGCUGCCCCGCUCCCUUCCGUGAACAUCUGGCAGCAGCGGAAAGAGGCGCAGGAGGCCAAGGCCAAGGCCGUUGCCGCAUUGAAGCCUGCCUCCAAGGGCACCUCAAAGACUGCGUCCGCCGCUUCCUCAGUGUCUGGUGAUCAUCAAGCCGAGUCGAAACCGGCCUCCAAGAAGAAGGGAUCUGACGUUCCUUCGGAGGGCGCCAAAGACCGGAAGAAGGCUGACGGAAGUAAGGGACGUGAUGAUGGCGCUAGCAUCCCUCCUGUUGGAGACGAGAGCCUCUGGCCUACACCCCAGGUUGCUCAGGGUGAAGAGAAGAAGAAGGCUCAGGAGAAGACUGAGAAGAGCCCUGUCAUCCGCCCUCACGGCAAGGAGAAGUGGAUGCCCGUUCCUUACGUUCCCACCGCUGUGUUCAACACCCCUCUCCCCUCUGCUCGUAGAGGCGGAAGGGCUGCUCGUGGUGGACGCGAAAACUCCCGCAAUGGAACGCAUGGCGCUGGAGCCGGUGCUGAUAAGGCUUCCGGCCAGGCUGCACAGGGCUCUACGGCAAAGCAGGCUACCUCUGCUGACAGAGGAAGAAACGAGCAGAACUCCGGUCGCGCCAACUCGCUUCCCGCCCAGUCAAGACGCUCCAACAGCGCCGAUGCUGGACUGCCAGAUGCGCGUAAACACCAGGCAGCGGACCGCAACCGCGGACCCAAGGGAGAGAACGCAAAUGGAGCACCGGCCGGAAGAAACGCUAACGGGGCAGACACUUUCCCCCGCCACCAUGCCAAGCAGUUCGCCAAGGGCCAUGAUGCAGGCCACAAGGGUGGUGAGUCUCGUAACCCUCAGCUUUCCGUGGAUGCCCAGGCCGGUCCUCGCCAGGACCGUCGCUUCGAGAAUGGCCCCAAGUCGGCAGAUUUUGCUAGCUUCCACGCCGACCGCGAGCGCAAAGAGAAGGACUUCCCUCGUGAGUCGCGUCCCGAGAGAGGACGUGGCGGACAUCGGGGAGGCCGUGGAGGCCAUGCUGGCUUCAAUGGUGCCCAGAACGCCCACUUCCCCAACAACCACAUGUCGCACCACAACUUCAUGCACCCCAAGUUUGGCUUCAACGAUCGCCAGAGGUCGCAACAACAUGGCCAGGUAAAUGGUUCCGGAGGCCACAGAAUGAACAUCAGGUCGCCUUCCCUGCCGAACUCCACUGCCAUGUACGGCGUCUACCCCUACCCUGGUGAUAUCAACACAAUGUACGGCUACCAGCCCAUGCAUGCUGGGCCGAUGACCGCAUACCCCUAUGCCGGCCAGUACUACGACCCUUACUCCCAGAUUGGCAUGAUCUCGAUGCAGGUCGAGUACUACUUCUCCGUGGAUAACUUGUGCAAGGAUCUCUUCCUCCGCAAACACAUGGACUCCCAGGGUUACGUUGGGCUGGCUUUCAUUGCCAACUUCAAGCGCGUCAAGAGCUUGACCGAUGACUUCGAGCUUUUGCGCCAUGUUGCUCGCCAGCUGAGGAGCGUCGAGUAUGUUCAAGCUGAAGAUGGGCUGGACCGUCUGCGGCCGAGAGACAAGUGGGAGCAAUGGGUUCUCCCUAUGGACCAGCGUGAUCCUUCUGCCCAGAAUGAUGGCCCUUCUCCUAGCAGUUCUGUGAAGCCUGAAGAUGUCUACGUUGAUGGGGCUGUCAAUGGACAAGUCCCCAACGGUACCGCUGAAUUCAACGGUGCCAAGACGUCGCUAUCGUCUACUGCUCCGGAGUUUUCUCCUGCCGGCACCCAGAAUGGCCAGACUGAAAUCACAAAUGCUGAAUAAAUUGGUGCAUUGUUGAAUUCUUCUUCGUUCCCCGGACCUCAACAAUUGUUCUUUCAGUCUAAUCAUGAAAUAUGCGAGGCCUGAACCAAUAUGCUGCUCAUAUGUCAGAUUGCGAAAGCUCAAGAUU